CCAUCAUACGCCAUUUCUGGAUAAUACCUAGAUUUUAUGAUAUGAAUGGAAGCAUGGAGAUCCGAAUGCAGGUUGUAAUUUGGAUAAGGAUUGUCUUGUUUUCUUCGAUUGGUAGAUAAAAGAAGGACACUUUCAUCAAGUCAGAUGGAGCCAGGAAGCUCACAUCAGAUUAUCGCCUCCAUUCCUGAAGAGGGCGCUGUGUUUGACCCACCAGCCCUCUUUGACUCUUUUGAGGAAGUGGAGUUGCAUCCACUGGACAGGCAGAGGACCAUCAAGAUUUCAUCAAAGAGAAGCAGAGACGGCGAGAACACACGUGUCCGAAUGAAAAAUGUUGUGGGCGUGAUUGCACGAUAUAUGGCGGCACUGCAAGAGUUUCGACGUAGCGUGUCCAUGAAAGUGGCUUUUGAUAGAGUUGGCGUCGACCGCAAUACCAUUUCGAGAACAGCAGCCAUUGCAGAACUGAGCUUGGCGGCUCCUGAAGUCUUCCACGCUCUGCCUCCAUGGGACGAGAAGGAGGAAACAUUGGCCCACUAUGCAGUCAGAUGCCGACAGGCCAUGGACAACAGCAUCAAAGCCAAGAUUAAAAGCAUGAAAGCAAAGGGAGAGCUUCUACCAAUCGUCAGCAAAUAAAACAUUUACCUUAUCUGAUUUACAGUGGACAUGUGACCACUCUAAAAGAACAUUAGUAUUUCUCGUCACAUUUCGGCCUUGAUCUCUUUUGUCCUUAGCCAUAAUCCAUCACAAAGUGAGGAAUGUAUGGCAGCACAUUUAUUGGAAACUUUCAAUCAGUUGUUGUUUGCCAAUUUGUUUUAUGAAUGGAAUCAAAUACUUGUUUUGUAUGCCCUGUAUCAGUAUUAUUUUGUCUGACCAGUAUUUAUUUUAGUGGUAAAAUUAGGUAAAUAGGUAAUACUGAUAUUAAUGACUGUAUGAUUGCAUGCUCACCUGUUCCUCUCUGAAUAGCAGAUUUGUGUCACGUAGUAAGAUUGUCAAGGUGCAGACUGUGAAAAAUAAAUGCGUAAUGAUGUUACACUACAUUGUAUGAACCAGUGGGUUCAAUGACUGUUACUGUGAGUAAUAAACAGAAUAUCACAAUA